UAUGCACAAAACCAUUAAAAAGAGUCUAUAAAAAUACCCAUCAAACGCUAAUCCAAGACAUGCAAACAGAAAAACUUCAAGAAUUUGAGCAAAGAAGCAUCAAGUAAUCAAGAAAAUGAAGGCGAUUGAUGACAAGAAGGAAAAGGUGGUGAUAAGGGCAGUAUCGCAUGACGAAGAAGGCAGAAAAAGAGUGGAGAAGACAGAGCUAAACACGCAUAACAUAGAUACAAUCAAGUACGUUGAAAAGAAGUUAAUGGACAAAGGAGUUCACCGCAUGGAUAGGCAUCCAGCUGAUGGCAAAGGAGGUAUUGGAAAGCCACCGCCUAAGUCGGGUCAUGGUGGCAAGUACACUUGGGAAGGACCUGAUGGCACGACGGAGAGUGAGCUGGACGCUGCACCGGCGGCUAUUGAUGAGAAAGAUCCGAAUUAUGUUGAUGAAGAAGCAGAGGAGAAGAUUCUUAGAGGAGAAAAUAGCGAUGUGGCUGGCUUUGUUGUUGGUGAAGUUGAAGUUGCUAAAGAGGCUAAUGAAGGUGUUGCUAGAGUUGAGGGAUUACCUUCGUUUCCAAAUUUAGAAGAUCAUGUCAUUUGAGGUGUCAGCUAGCUGGAGUACUUUCUUUCUAAGCUGAUCCGAUUGAACCUACUGGAAAGGACGACUUAUCAGACGACUCUUGUUAUACUUGGGUUACCAAUAACAACUAAUAAGUACAUAGAAAUGUCAAUCUUGAAUUGCCCGUUCCAGGGUCUAGUCAAGAAAACAGAAGGAGCCAUAUUUUUGUAUUUGUGGAAACAGUUAGCUUUGAUUGUCUUAGUUUAAGUCGGAAGAUGAUCGUGUCGCUGGUUUAUAUAAUUGAAGAUAGCCGACUUAAGGAUUUUAUUUUAAA